AUGACUCGUGUUGUUUGGAAUGAUACUAUUAUUCCAGAAGAUUUUGAAACUGAGUGGCAUUCAAUAAUGUCUACUUUUGGAUUGGAAAAUCAUGAGUGGUUAAAAGACAUGUACGAUCUUCGAUUUGAUUGGAUUCCUGCUUAUUACCAUGGAGAGGAUUUGGCUGGGCUUAUGCGUACUACGUCAAGAUGUGAAAGCGAGAAUUACUUCUUUGGUCAGAUUUGCAAUCCAAGAUGUACACUUGUUGAAUUUUUCACUCAUUUUGAGACUGCAAUGGAUAUUCAAAGGCAUGAGCAUAGGAGGAAUGAUCAUGAUACAAGGUAUAUUGAGUGUAAACCGUGGAGUGACUUUGUGCAAUACAACAAAGAAGAAGAUGGUUUAAGUAUAAAUUGUUCUUGCAAACGGUUUGAACAAUUUGGUAUAUUGUGCCGCCAUAUAUUUUACGUAUUACGGUAUGAGGAUAUUAGUGAGUUUCCUAGAAGAUAUGUUCAUAGAAGAUGGACGAGAGAUGUCGUUUCAAUGGGAUCAAAUCAUUCCAAUAUUCGAUUUGAUGAAAUUGGUAGGAAUAGUGAGAUUGAUAAAGUUUAUAGAGAGAUUUUUGUUGCAAAUGAGUAUGUGGUUAAUAGGCUGGUUGGCGAUUUAGAUGAAUUGUGUCGUUACAGGGAUCCUAUUAAAAGUUAUAUUGAUAAAGCGGAUGAGGUUAUGGUUGCUGCGCCGCCUCCUACUCGCAAAGAAAGAUUUGCUGAUAUUGGAGGGAACAUAGAGAAAUCUGAUUCUAUGAUUCGUGUCCCCAUCAAAACAAGGACCAAAGGAUGCGGUGUACAAAAAAGGAUCAAGUCUAAUCGUGAGAUUGCAAUUCAGAAAUCAUCAAAGAUCCAGAAAUCGUGCCGUGUUUGUGGUGGAAAAGGACAUAACAGUCGAACAUGUAAAUAUAAGGUUUCUUCUAAUGCUAUAGGUUCUAGCAAUGGAAUGUAA